AUGCAAGUUCAUGCUUCCCACCCCUCUGCUCUUCCUCCCCACUCCCAGAGAAGAGCUUCCAGCAGACACAGCUGCUGCUCACGCUGCUGUCUCCAGCCCCUGCACCAGGUUCAUCCCUGUGCUGUCGGAGGCAGGAUGCAGCCUGGGUUCUUGCUGGCAGCCAGCACCCUGGCAGCAGUGCUGGGCAUGGCCCUGCUGGAGGAGGGAGUGUGCAAGGCACCGGACGGCAAGAACGGCUCCCCUGGAGUCCCUGGCCGGGAUGGGAGGCCAGGGCAGAAGGGUGAUACUGGAGAGCCAGGGAGAGCAGCGCCGAGCACGGGCACCAAGGGACCCAAAGGGGAUAUGGGCGAGCCAGGCAUUCCUGGCCUCCCAGGCAUGCAAGGCCCACCUGGCAGUCCUGGCCCUAUAGGAAUUCCAGGGUUUCCAGGGCCCCCAGGGGAGAAGGGCAGAGCUGGUGAUGUUUUGGAGCACCCUCGUCCUGCCUUCUCUGCCUCCAGGCUGUCCCCGCCCCGCGCCGGCACCACCGUGGUAUUUGACAGGAUCAUCACCAACCAGGAGAACUCCUACAGCCCCCAGACUGGCAAGUUCACCUGCAGCAUUCCCGGGCUCUACUACUUCACCUUCCAGGUGGUGUCCAGCGGGAACCUGUGUCUGAGCAUCACCAAGAACGGGCAGCGCGUGGUCAGCUUCUGUGACAACAACAGCCAGGGCAUCCUGCAGGUCAACUCGGGCAGCAGCGUGCUCAGCCUGGCCCUGGGUGACCAGGUGUCCCUGAGCACUGACCCUGCCCAGGGCAGCUCCAUUUACAGCGGCUCUGAGGUCGACAGUGUUUUCAGCGGGUUCCUGGUGUCCCCAGAGACGGCCUGAGGGACUCCCACAGCGCCCCGGGGUGUCUGCCAGCCUGGCAGCUCCCCUCUGGGUGUGUGGGAUGCCUUAGUGCCACAGCACACGGGGGUGGUUCCAAACUGAGCAUCCAGAAGUGUUCUGUGUGUCCAGCAGUGUCACCGCUGGCCAGGCUGUGGGUCAGCACUGCAGCACUCAGCUCCGUGCUGAGCCUGCCUCACUGUCCUGGAGGCUCUGGACUCUCACCCCUUUCUCCUCCUGGGCACUCAAGCUCCACUCCCAGCUGUCACCAGCUUUGGCUCUUUGCCCCUGAGUGGGAAAUCACUGCCUGCCACUGCUUCUGCUCCACUAACCCUCCAUAAGCCUUGCUGGCACUGGGGCACAUCCUGUAACAACAUCCCCAUCAGUAUAAAUAAAGGC